AUGUCUACCAGAAAAGUCGUGGCACAUCCGCUCGUUUUGAUCUGGACUGGGAUAAGCAUCAAGUCUGGGUGGGCGUCUCUCAGCCCAUGGGACACGCCGAAACUGACGCCCUAUGGUCCAAUGCUAGUCACAUUUGUGCUUGAGGCAUCCGACAAUUGGGAAACAGAUGACCCCAUGCAAGGAAACCAACUCCCAUUGACGAGCAGACCCUUGAAGCCCAACACAGCUCUCGAUCGGCAUCGAGAUGCGGGGGCAUACAUCAUGGUGGAAAAAAGCACACCGGCGCAACAUCCUACCAACAAGACUCCACCGCAUCGGAGGAUCGCUGCCAGCAGUUCCAUGCCACCUACAGUCGAUAAAGCACCGGUCUUAACGCUGCGUGAAGCGACGUUGAUGCGUGGGUUUAUCCAGCGCAUUACGCCAUGGACGGAUAUAUGCGACCCCCAGUGCCAUUUUAGCACGGAUGUGCCUCGGCGGUCAUUACAGGCUCCCAUGGUGCUGAAAGCAAUUAUGGCGCUUGCAGCACGGCAUGAUGCCAUCCUAAUUAACCACAGCGACUGGGAGGCCUCAUCCUACCACGGCCAGUGUCUGGAGCUGCUCAUCCCAGCACUGGAUCGACCUGAGCACACCUACGAUGAAGACUUGCUGGUCACAGUCGUCCUGCUACGGGUCUACGAGGAGCUGGAGAACAACACCGACCAGCAAUUCCAUCUCUUGGGAUCCAACCGUCUCAUCAACCUGAUGUCUCGUUCGGCUUCAUCGGGCGGACUGGCGGAGGCUGUCAGCUGGCAGUUCCUGCGGCAGGCCAUCUACGCGUCGGUGGUGCAGUAUCAGCCUCUGCAGCUGGAUUUGCGGAAUUAUGAGCGGUCGUCGAUGUUUCAACGCAGCGAUGAUGCCGCGGUUGCGAACAUGAUCAUUUUCCACUGCGCGCAUAUUCUUCGGAUCUGCGGCAAUGUGGCCCAGGAGCCUGUCGAUGAACAUGCACGACGCCAAUUCGCCAGUGCCGUCGAUGAAUGGUACCAGGCGAAACCGACCACCUGGCAGCCGCUCCGAUACCAACCGGCGGAUGUGACUGCGGGUCGGCCGUUCCCUGAAUUAUGGAUGAUGUCGCCUCCAGCCGUGGUUGGGAUGCAGUAUUACCAUGCCGCCCGCAUCUUUUUGACCAUUUCGGAGGUGUGCUCACGGCCCAUGAGUGAUUACCAAAUGGCCCGCGCGCGCCGGGUGUCAGAAAGGACUAUCGCGGGUCACAUUGUGAGCGUCGUUGGACUGUCUCGGUCCAAUGAAAGUGUCCAUAACGCCUAUUUCAUGGCCUGCCAUCUGCUCCAUCGCUUCGGCUACUGUCUGCAGCAUUUGACGGAGCAGCAGGGCUCGUUAGAUUUUCUUUGCUGCGCGGAGAAAGUCCUGGGCUGGCGAACCUCGUGGAUUCGGCGGGAGCUGGAACGCCAGUGGGCCGAACUAAACAGCGUGGACAGUCCAGAUGGCUGA